UAAAAAAACCAAAAACCCAACAACCUACAAACACUACAAACAAGCCUUGCGGGGAGACCGGAGCGAUCUCGGCUGGAGCCUGGAGAAGAAAGAAAUGGAGCAGCUGCUGGGGCUGGGAGCUCAGCAGCAGCAGCAGCAGCAUCAUCAGCCCCAUCGUUCCCAGUCCCCGAGGACCCCAACCCGCCCGCAUCUCCAGCACAUCCCCUCCAACAGGUUCCGGGAUCACCACCACGCGCAACCCCACGCCGCCGCCGCCGCUCUCAAGAUCCUCCGCAUCACCCCGCCCUUCUUCCUCAUCCUCCUCGCCGCCGUCUACCUCCUCGCCUCCUUCACCAUCCUCUCCGCGCCCGCCGCCUCCUCGCUCCGCGCCACCGAGAACCCCAACAGGCUCGUCCUUCCAAUGGCCGCCCCAUCGCGCCCGCGUUCUCCGGAGAUCUUCGAGCUCGACAAUGGCCGGAUGCGGGCCAGGAUCAGCAAUGUGGGCGCGACCGUCACAUCGCUCCUAGUGCCGGACAAGAACGGGGUUCUUGGUGAUGUGGUGCUUGGAUUCGACUCCCUGGAUCCAUACCUGAAUGGCACCUCACCUUACUUUGGCUGCAUUGUUGGGCGAGUUGCAAACAGAAUCAAGGAUGCAAUGUUUACUUUGAAUGGUGUGCAGUAUAGUUUGGGCAUCAACAACCCCCCGAACACUCUUCAUGGUGGAUUUAAAGGGUUUGACAAAGUCAUCUGGGAAGUCACUGAAUAUAACGAAGGGAAGACCCCAUCGGUCACCUUAAAAUACUACAGUAAAGAUGGAGAGGAAGGUUACCCAGGUGAUGUUUCUGUUACUGCCAGAUAUUCUCUUCUAUCAAGCACGUCGUUGAAGCUAGAGAUGGAGGCUGUACCUUUGAACAAGGCCACACCCAUCAGUUUAGCACAACACACCUACUGGAACCUGGCAGGCCACAACUCAGGAGAUGUGCUUAGGCAUUUAAUCCAGAUACAGGCAUCUCACAUAACUCCAGCGGAUCAAACCUCAAUACCCACAGGCGAGUUUAUGCCCGUGAGUGGCACACCCUUCGAUUUUCUGACCGAGAGUGAGAUUGGCGGCAGGAUUGGGCAAGUUCCUGCUGGUUAUGAUCAUAACUAUGUGCUCGAUUCUCCUGGCGAAGUCAAGUCAGGUUUGCGGCAUGUGGCUAAGGUGACAGAGCCUUCCAGUUUGAGGGUCCUAAACAUUUGGGCAGAUGCUCCUGGAGUGCAGUUCUACACUGGUAAUUUCCUUGAUGGUGUUGUGGGGAAAGGAGGUGUGGUCUACGGGAAGCAUGCUGGCCUGUGCCUAGAGACGCAAGGUUUUCCAAAUGCUGUUAACCAACCAAAUUUUCCAUCAGUUGUUGUUCAUCCCGGGGAGAAGUACACGCAUACAAUGCUUUUUGAAUUCUCUACUAAGUGACCCAGCGGCUCUUGUAGAGAUACACAUCUUUUCUUGUCCUUAGGGUUAUGAAACUAGGAGCAGCAGUCAUAUUGAUUUCUAACAGGGUUAGAUAGCAGAAUGUAACAAAAUUAGAGGGAAAUGACUAAAUCUUUCACAUGAGAGAUUCCAGAUUGUAGGUGUCGUAAAUUUGUGUCAACAGCUUGCUCAGGAUUUGCAAUUCCAGCAUGGAUGUAACUCAUGUACCCUUUUUUUGAAGGAUGUAACUCAUGUACCUGGUGGCAUGUUGGUGUGUUAUAAGGGCAUCUCCGAUCCUUAAAUCACAAGUACUCUCCUCCGUCCCGCAUUA